AUGUCUGGAAACAUUGGAUGGGACGACGAGAUCGUUCUUCGCAAGCGCUCUGAUCACGCCAAGGUCACCCGCUCCUCCUCCGACAUCAACGCCGCCCGCCGUGCCGGUGCCGUCGUCUCGACCGAGCGUAAGGUCGUCACUAACGCUGGACAUGUCGGUGAGGACUUCCGUCGCAUCGCCAAGCUCGCCGAGUCUGAUGAGAUUGUUGCCCCCAAGGCCGUCUCGAUGGAUGUUGGAAAGGCCAUCGCCAAGGCCCGUAUUGAGUUGAAGUUGAACCAGAAGGAUCUUGGUGUCAAGGUCAACGAGAAGCAGACUGUCAUCAACGACUACGAGGCUGGACGUGCUGUCCCCAACCAGCAGAUUCUUGGAAAGCUCGAGCGCGCUUUGGGCGUCAAGCUUCGUGGCAAAGACAUUGGUUCGCCCUUGACCUUUGGAAAGAAGUAA